GAAAACUACAGAUGUUGUUAUGGUUUUAGAUAUCGUUUUCGUUGUUAUCUGUGGCAUAUGUGUGGUUUUGGAUUGAGUUUUCUGAUCCGACUUUCUGGGUGAAUGAUGGAGUGGGAUGAUGCGACGAAGGGGAAUUUCUUAAUUUGAAGUUGGAGUGAAUUGAAGGCAAUAAAGCAACUCUUUUUUUCUGGAUCCGCUCGAGAAAGUUGCGAGAUUUCCGUUUGGAGGGAAAGAAAAUUCUUGUUUACUCAAGCUUUUUGGGAGGGACUUGGAUUCCCUUUUUUAAUGACUCUGUUUGGCUAAGCUUUUGGGGUUUUUUUUCUUCAACUGCAUCUCGACGUUUUCAGAGUAGUUUUCCCAUCAGAGAUGGAAGUUAAGGUAGCUACGACCUGUUUGCAGUGGUCACAGCCAAUUGUUUCCCACUCGCCUUCUUCUUCUCAAACUCUAGCUUCCGCUAUCUCAUCUCCCCCUUCCAAACGUCGGAACCGCUGCGACGGAGGAGCGCUCGUGUGUCGAUACGUGCACAGACUGGACCGAUCAGCUUUCUUCGGAAUCCCAUCCACUAACCUCUGCAGGUCCCGAUCCUUCGAGUCUCCAAAACCGAGAGCUCACAAAAUAAAAAGAGCUUGCAGUGCAGGUCUAGAUUCAUUAUCCGAUGAAGAAUUCUCGAAGAGAAUUGAAGAAUUGGCUCUUAGAUUUCAAGUCUCCGACGAAGAUGAAAGUACAACGAACGACGCCAUGGAUGCAGAGUCUGAAAUGGUAUCUGAUUCUAUAAGUAUGGACGCCUGUAAUAGUGGAGAUUGUUUCAACAGUUCCAUCGAAAUUUCAUCCAAGAUCAACUUCGUAAAGCAAAGACUAUUUCCGUCCUCUAAGCUCGAACCCGUAGAGCCUCCGUGGCCAGAAAUCCGGUUAGACCCACCGGACUGGCCUGGAAGAGAUGAGGUUGUGUCGGCGAAUAUUGAACGAAAGGCGAACAGUGUUGAUCUUCCGUUUUCGCUUCGAAUCAUUAAAAGAAAGAAGCAAUGGAAAGAGGGAUUCAGAGAAGCAGGGGAAUCCGCAUACUGUUCCGUGAAAAAGGCCUUCUCUUCAAUGGUGUUCAUCAUUCGAGAGCUUCACAGUUUCACGUUACAGAUGAGAGAAGUUCCCCUCUACCAAGAUUUACAGGGCAUUCUGGAUCGUGUCCAACAAGAAAUGCACGCUUCUUUUGUGUGGUUAUUUCAACAAGUGUUCUCCCACACGCCCACUCUCAUGGUUUAUGUCAUGAUCCUCCUAGCCAACUUCACCGUCUACUCAAUAGCCAACAACACCGCAAUCGCCGCUUCUCCCCCACCAGGUCCUCAUGCUGCUACCAUCGAGUCGGUUUUAGUAUCCGAUUCUCAGCAAGACAAGCAACAAAAGUUCGAUUCCUCCAUAAUCAAGAAGUUCUCGGUAUCUUCGUCAAACGGUAAAACAACUUCAAUCGGAAACAAUGGCGGCGGCGGCGGCAAGGUCCGACCCACCGCCAGUGGAACCGACGGAGACGGCCGUUUCGACAGGUCGGAGUUCCACCAAACAAUCCUUCCCGAUGGGGUCUCUCAAAUCUCCAUUGGAACUACGAGAGAAUCCGAAUCAGUAACAGGCGAGGUAGCCAGAGAAGAAGAAGUAGCUCACUGGAACUCAAUCGUCGACGAAGCUUCGAAAAUGCAAGCUGCAUUGCGAGACGAGUCUCUAGACCACGAAACCAUGCAGAGAUUCGUUUCGCCGGUGGAGGCGAAGAUCGAAGCUGACGACUACGCCGACCACUUCAGAACAGAGCUGCUAUACCAAAUGGGCCUUGCCCGUGAGCCGAACAAUCCUCUUCUCCUCGCCAACUACGCCCAGUUCCUCUAUCUCGUUGCGCACGACUAUGACAGAGCGGAGGAGUACUUCAAGCGAGCGAUAGCGGUGGAGCCGCCGGAUGCGGAGGCGUACAACAAAUAUGCGAGCUUUCUGUGGGUGGCGAAGAAGGACCUUUGGGCGGCGGAGGAGACGUAUCUGGAGGCGAUCGCCGCCGAUCCAAGUAACUCCUACUAUGCAGCCAAUUACGCGCAUUUUCUCUGGAGCACAGGAGGAGAUGACACGUGUUUCCCCCUGAGCCCCUCUGACGACACCCAGGACGCAUAAACCCCCCAAAAAAAUCGAAUUAGAAUUAAAAAUGACACACCGCCUCUACCCUCGCCUGUUUGUUGAUUUUUAUUAUGAAAUAAGAAGAAAGAAAAAAGAAAAAAGGAGACUUCGUUUUUUAUUUUUCCACUGGCUUCUUUGAGAUGUGAGAAUGUGGGAAAUGCGGGGGCCGGUGUUGGGGCGCGCGCGAGGACGCACAUGGUCGAUAGGAGAUCCGAUUCCUGAGCCGGAGAUAUUCGGGAUCUGUUUGGCUACUUUAUUCUUGGUGAGCGGCUUACUAGAGAUCUACUAAUAGGCCAAUCGAGAGCUGUUGCUUUGGGUGUUGGGUAUUGCAUUUUGCAUAGAUUGAUAUGCUGCUGCCCACAUGCCAAACUGUGAUUACAUUUUUGGUUUUGAAUUUAAUUUUUUUUGUGGAAUAUUUGUCAUUUUAAAAUCAUAGAAAAAAAUGUUGAGAAAGAGCGGUCUCAAUAAUCCAAUCAAGUGUGGGUAAUAUUUGUUGAAAA